AAUUACAAAUUCAAUGAUUUUAUCAAUUUAUUUGUCUUAACAUUUAAAUGUAAUUAUUAUUAUUAUAACUAAUAAAGAAAUGAAUAAAAUAUUUGCAAAUUUAUUAAAAUCUCGAUUUAAUUGUCAAACAAACGAUGUGUUUGUCCGACACGUGAGGUCUCAUACCAUCAAAGGAGUGGACGAACCAAAGUAUUUGGAUUAUCUUAAGCCACAAAUACCUUACUAUUCAUUGAUUAACGUUCAGAUCCGCGGCUACGACUUUGCUGUCCUCGAGAGUUAUGGCAGAUAUAUACACAUUUUAUUAAACAAAUUGGGUGUAAAUGUUGUCAAGUAUUGGUGUUCACCGCAUCAGUCCAUCAAAUAUGAGUCACUUAAGCCACAGUCAGAAGUUAGCGAAAGUCAGUUCACACUAAAUCUGUACGAAAGGAAUGUCCAGAUCGAGCACUUGUCGGCUAAAAUGGCACCACUUCUUCUUGAAAUACUGUACUCAUCCGCACCGGUCGGCGUCCAACUCAAUGUCCAUCCACACCACCAUAUAUUACACGAAGAGAACCGAUUUAUACCGGACCUACAGUUGGCUGCAUUUAAGGCUGAACUCAAAGAACUUAAGGGUAGCCAAGAGUCGGACAUCAAUUAGUUAUUUCUAGUUUUAUGAUAUAUUUAUAUAA